UCAAUUCUGUGGUAGGAUUGCAAUUUGGAAUACUGCAAUUUAUUCGGUUUUGUCUUUACUAUCUCCAAUAAUAAUAAUAAUUUGGUUUCUUUAAACUUUUCCAAUUACGUUUUCAACUAUAGAAUAAUAUAAGACCUUCAUCAUGGUGAGAGAUUUUAAAGCCCCGGUUAACGUUUCGCCUUUAAUCAGAUUUGGCCGUUACAGCAUGCUGAUAUUGGGUAUUGGUUACGGAAUCACUAGACACAGUUUCUUGCAAAGAAGCGAAGACAAAACCAGAGAGGAACGUCAUAAGAAAAAGGCAGAAAGAGAAGCAAAACUAGCAAUAGAAAAGGCAAAGUUUGCUGAAGAGGAGAUGAAAGGUUUGGACGCCAUCAUGAACCCGGUCAAAGAAUCGUAGAUUUGAAAACGACAUUUUUACAAAAAUCCAAAAAUAUUUCUUCUUAUAUUUGUUUAUACCUUUGAUACCUUCAACGAAAAGAGUGUGUUUAGUUGUCCUACGUAGAAUUCUCAUUAAAAAUCAAAUUUUGUUUUAUAGAAUCCAAUGAAAACGUGUAAACUAUUUAAUUAUUGUAUUGUAAACUGGUUUAUACAUUAUUAUAAAGAGUGUGUUCAGUUGUCCUACGUAGAAUAAUUAUUCAAAAUCAGUUGUGUUUUAUAGAAUCCAAUAAAACUUGUAAACUAUUUAA